CGGCGCGGCGGCCAUGGCGGCGGUGCUGGCGCGGGGCCUGGCGCGCGGCUGGGCGGCGCGGGCGCGCGUGGGGCAGCGGUGCGCGGCGGCCGGCGGCCAGGACGGGGAGGUGGGCAAGGCGCAGCGGGCGGCGGCGGCCGGCGAGGGGGCGGGGGGGCAGCCCACCAUUUUCAGCAAGAUCAUCGACCGCAGCGUGCCCGCCACCAUCCUCUAUGAAGACGACAAGUGCCUGGUCUUCCGCGACGUGGCGCCCCAAGCCCCCGUCCACUUCCUGGUGAUCCCCAAGCGCCCCAUCCCUCGGAUUAGCCGCGUGGGUCCCCAGGACACCGAGCUCCUGGGACACUUGCUGGUGGUGGCAGCACGUACGGCGCAGGCAGAGGGGCUGGCCGACGGCUACCGCUUGGUGAUCAACGACGGGAAGCAUGGCGCCCAGUCCGUCUACCACCUGCACCUCCAUGUGCUGGGGGGGCGGCAGAUGGGCUGGCCCCCCGGCUGAGCACCCCCUGCCCAUUGCCCCCCAAUAAAGCAUCUCCUUGGUG